AUUCCUCAACCAAUAUUGAUUGAUUUCGACGUGCUCUCCUCUUCUUCCACUCUUCAACUGUACAUGUUUGAAAAUUUUCAUUUUAAAGUUGUCCCUUUCCUUUGUUUUGGUCAAAAACCGAACACUUAACCGUUUUGAGUGAGUUCUGAAGAAGUGAAAAGGUUAUCUCAAAAGCGUGUUUCCUUUGACGUUUGGUUUCAAAUGCUGCAAUUGGGUUUGUUUGUUUCUUCAUAACCCUCUUCCCUGUUUGUUUUGUUAACAACUUGGUCGCUCUUUGUGAAAGAAAAAGGUAUCACUUUCUCUUUUUACCUCUUCACUUUCCCAAGACACAACUUAGAACUUGAAUUUCCUAUCAAUUUUGUGGAUAAAGGUGGUCCUUCUUCCUCUACUUUCAUCCAUGGGGAAGGUCACUACUUCGACAGCACCGCAUGUAUCUCAAGAACCUUCCAAUUUCGACGAGGUUUAUAUGCAGCAGAGCUUGCUCUUUGAUGAUAGCUUGAAGGAUUUGAAAAAUCUGAGAACACAGUUAUAUUCAGCAGCGGAAUAUUUUGAACUCUCGUACACCAACGACGACCAUAAACAGAUAGUGGUAGAAACACUGAAGGACUAUGCCAUCAAAGCUCUUGUAAAUACAGUGGACCAUUUAGGUUCUGUUACCUAUAAAGUAAAUGACUUGUUGGAUGAGAAGGUUGUUGAAGUUUCUGGAGCGGAGCUACGUGUAUCUUGUAUUGAACAGAGAAUGAGGACUUACCAAGGGCAUAUGGAUCACAAGGGCCGUACCCAACAGUCAUUGGUGAUCAGUACUCCAAAAUAUCACAAGCGUUAUAUCUUGCCAGUAGGGGAGACCAUGAUUGGUGCAAACCACACAAAGUCAAACUAUGUUGGAUGCAGCCUUGAUGAAGAAGAGGAGUGGCCUCAUUUUAGAAAUGCUGUUCGAGCUACAAUUAGAGAAACGCCGACAUCUACAACACGUAAAGGGCUUUCACCAUCACCUUCUGUACAACCUCAAAGACCUGGACCCUUUUCAUUCACUUCAACCAUGCCCAAAAAAGAUUUAGAUAAACGGUCAGUUUCUCCAUACCGGUUCCCGCUUCUGCGUACUGGAUCUCGGUCAAGUAGUAGGCCUACAACACCAAAGACGAGUAGACCGAAUACUCCAAAGCCAACCAGACCAAUCACACCAAAUCCUUCUAAUGCAAAACCAAGGUACCCUUCUGAGCCACGCAAAUCAGCUUCAAUGCGAUUAUCUGCUGAAAGGGACAAUGGCAAAGAUGCAGAACAAUUCCCCAGUAAAAGUAAACGGCUCCUGAAGGCCUUAUUAAGCAGACGCAAGUCUAAGAAGGAUGACACGCUUUAUACAUACUUGGAUGAGUAUUGAUACCUAGAAUAUAUAGGAAGCAUAGCAAAUGCGUUGUAAAAUCUUGAGAACAAGUCAAUUUUGCUUUAGUUUUACCCAUUUUGUUUGAUAGGUUGCACUUUUUCACCAUUUUAUCUGAACUGUAUAAUGUAAUCUUUAUUUUCCAGUAUUUUACUACUGCAAGCUCCCAAAAUUAUCUUGUGAAAUAGUGUAAUAGUUCAAGAAUUAUUUUAAACGUGGAUCAUGUAGUCAUUUAUAUAAUCAAAGUAAAUUUGGCUUCAUUUC